AUGGCGUGGACCCCUACAAACGUAGCAAAUUGCUACGCAGACCCAUCGAAUGGUGCCUGCCGACCCGAGUUGUUGGCAUUUGUGUCAUUUUUAAUACAGUACGUGUCGCACUCAUAUGACGAACUUUAUAGUGACAAACGAAAAAAAUUGACCAAAAUAGAAGACACAUCAGUCGACGAAUACGAUUUUAUUAUAGUCGGUGCUGGUAGCGCAGGUUGUGUUCUUGCUAACAGAUUGACCAAAGUAAAAAACUGGAAGGUACUACUAUUGGAAACAGGAGAUGAAGAACCCGUUAUUUCUACUAUUCCUGCAACGAUGAAUAUUAUCACGGAAAGUUCCAUCGAUUGGUCGUACAGGACUCAGCCAGAACGGUACGCCUGUGCUAGUCAGAAAGACAGCAGGUGUGCUUGGCCAAGAGGAAAGGUCAUGGGUGGAAGUAGUAGUAUCAAUGGCAUGUGGUACGUCCGUGGCAUCAGGCAAGACUACGAUGGCUGGGCUGACUUGGGUAAUCCAGGCUGGAGCUACAAAGACGUUUUUCCUCAUUUUAUAAAGAACGAGGAUAUGACUGAUCGUGACUUUUUAGCCAAAUACCCGGGCAAUUAUGGCACAGGUGGGGCAUUGGCUAUUGAUAGAAGUCCAUACAAAGACAAAAAUGAUGGCUUACUACUGACUGCGUUCAAAGAAAUGGGAUUACCUGAAAUAGACUAUAAUUCAAAUUCCAGUAUCAUUGGCACAUCUCAUAUCCGGUUUACCAAUAAUUAUGGAGCUCGACACAGCAUUAACAGCGCAUUUAUAAGACCCAUACGAGGAAGAAGAGAAAACCUUAUUAUAAGUACAAACAGCUUAGUUACAAAAGUGGUUAUAGAUGAAAAAACUAAAAAAGCUACGCAGGUCGAGUACGUCGAUUUGAAGACGAAGAAGACUAGAAUAGCUGUGGCAAAAAAAGAAAUAAUAGUGUCUGCAGGAGCCAUCGAGUCGCCAAAGUUGCUAAUGUUAUCGGGUAUAGGGGCAGCGGGUGAGCUUCGCGAAGCAGGUAUCAAACCUGUUCACGAGUUGCCUGGCGUAGGAAAAAAUCUUCACGAUCACGUGGAUGUUCUUACGUUGCUGAUUGAUUUUGACAAUACGACCUCGACGAUCAAUACUAGAAAAAAUAUGGAGAAUGAUUUUGCCAAUUGGAUGAGCACUCACGGAGGGCCUCUAUCAGGCUCUGGACUUUUGAAUACAUUAGCGUAUCACCAAACAAAGUACGAAACUAUCCCAGGAGUUCCUGACAUACAAAUUUAUCCUAAUAGUAGAUUGGUCGAUCGAUCGAGCAAUCAACGCAUACCCUUCACUCCACUUGCCUACUAUAAUAGAAUGGAAGUAUUUACAAGGCUUUUGAACCCCGAGAGCCGUGGACAGAUAAAACUAAAUAAUACCGAUCCUACUUGGAGUCCACCUCUAAUUUAUGCAAAUUAUUACGACAACCUUAACGAUAUGAAAAGAAUACUAGCUGGAAUAAAGUUUGUAAAAAACAUUUUACAAACAGAAACUUUUAAGGCCAAAGGUUUUGAGAAUUAUAUAUUUGACGAAUGUAAGCAACACAAAUUCGACAGUCAAAAUUACGACCUUUGUAUUAUAAAAUAUUAUACAGCAACAGGAUAUCAUCCAGUGGGGACGUGUAAAAUGGGACCAAAAAGUGAUCCUAUGGCUGUAGUUGAUGCAGAACUAAAAGUUCAUGGGCUUGAAGGCUUAAGGGUAAUCGAUGCCUCAAUAAUGCCGGAGGUGGUAAGAGGAAACUCGAAUGCACCGACUAUCAUGAUUGCAGAGAAAAUAAGCAAUGUUAUAAGAAAAGCGUGGACUUCAUAG